AUGGACAUAAAACGCUACAAAAGUCAUAUUCCCAGUCUUACCCCUUCUCGUCUGCCCCCAUUUUAUUUCCAGAAAGAAGAUAAAAAUAAAAAAAAAAUCCCACGACAAAUUGAUUCUCUGGGUGUUCAUUUUGCUGAUUUUGGCGCCAAAGCUAUGAUAAUCGAAGAAUCUUUUCUGAGCGAGACGAACACCACCGCUCCAUCAUGCAAUAAGGCGAUCGGAGCUGACGUGGUAAGCAAUAAUUGUACCGGAACCGACGACGGUGGUUGUGGCGGCGGAGUUGGAGGAGAGCUGCUAGCGCCGCCCCUUAAUUUUUCUAUGGUUGAUUACGGCGUUUUCCGCUCCGGUUUUCCUGAUUCUGCUAAUUUCUCCUUCUUGCUUACCCUAGGCCUCCGUUCAGUCAUAUACCUAUGUCCGGAGCCUUAUCCUCUAGCCAAUGCGGAGUUUCUGAAGGCAAAUGGAAUUCUGCUUUUUCAGUUCGGUAUCGAAGGAUCUAAGGAACCAUUUGUAAACAUCCCAGAGGAGUCAAUACGUGAAGCGCUAGAAGUUGUAUUGGAUGAAAAGAAUCGGCCACUUCUCAUCCACUGCAAGCGUGGAAAGCAUCGAACUGGAUGUCUUGUUGGAUGCUUGAGAAAAUUACAGAAAUGGUGCCUGACUUCAAUUUUUGACGAAUACCAAAGGUUUGCUGGGGAUAAAGCUAGAGUAUCUGACCUAAGAUUUAUGGAGUUAUUUGACACCUCUACCUUGAAUCAAGAAUUGCCGGCAUCUAUUCCGACUAUAACAAAACAGUGA